AUGUUGCGAAUUUUGGAAUUUCAUCGGGAAUCCGGAUUUCAUGAUUUAUUGAAUUGCCCGAAAUCUACUGGAAAUGCUAUAAAUGAAUUGUAUUUUAAUGCUUUUGUUGUAUAUUGGUAUCAGUGUGAAGAUUAA